AUGGAUGGACAUGUUGGAGAUGAUCGUCAGUGUGGUACAAGUGGAGUUGACAUGGAUGGACAUGUUGGAGAUGAUCAUCAGUGUGCUACAAGUGGAGUAGACUUUGAUUCAGAAGAAGUUUAUGCAGAUGAUGGAGAUCAUGUGAUAGGCAAUACAGUUGGUGGAACUUCCUCUAAUCCACCAACUGAAGAGUUUGUUAACCAUGAUGAAGCUGCUGGUAAUGAUGGUGAAGCUGGUGGGAGCCAUAGUCAACCCAUCAGAUUUGACGGUGAAAAUGGUGACAUGUCGGGAAAAACUACAGGCACCAAAAACAUCAGAGCAAAUUAUGUACGCCAAUGUCCUAAACAUCUAGAACCAAAUGACAUGAGAGAAGAUAAUGUAAAUGUGGGGCUACAUGACAACCCAGCUUCUGAUGAUGAAUGCAACGGAAAACAGGUGAAGUACCCUGCAUCCAAGAAAAUGACAUCACUGCCAAAUUGGAAACCUGGUGAAAAUCUUGGAGACCAAAAAAAGGUUUGGCAGCUUUUUGGUGACUAUACAGUUCUAACUGGAAGGCCGAUUUACAUGUAUACCAACGACGGAGUGAGAUGUAGAAUCAAGUGCAAAGAGCCAUGCACAUGGUUUGUGUAUGCAAGAAUCAUAAAGGCCUUUAACCCUCAUGACUAUGUGUUGGUGUCUAUGAAGGAUGUUCACAUCAGCGAGUGUGAACCGGAUUGGGAGAAUCGGAAGAUUAGAGCAAAAUGGUUGGCAAAUAGGUAUACGGAGAAGAUCAAAGCUGAUCCCAAAAUCCCAGUGAAAGCUAUAAGGCAAUGUAUGGAUGAGGAUUUUACAUCUGAGAUAACCAGAACAAAGGCAUAUAGGGCCAGAACAAUUGCCCUUGAAGGAAUUUAUGGGAAGACGGCUGAUCAGUAA